AUGGCUACUACCAUCAUCCAACGUACUCCUGUCGAUAUGCCUGUUCCUAAAUCUAGUGCUGCUCCAAAAUUCACUGGAUCUUACAUUGACGUCAAGAACUUCUUGGAUCACUGCGACCGCAUUUUUGAUCAGUACAAUGUCACUCUCGACGAUGACAAAGUACGAUACAUGGUUCAAUGCUGCAACCAAGAGAGCAGAGAAAUCAUUGAAGGUUUACCCAGCCACCAUGCCAAGCAAUGGGAACGACUCAAGACUGAUAUGCUCAAGAUCUUUGAUCAUGCUAGGACAACGCAGAAGUUCACGUUGAGUACUCUUCGUGCUUACGCUUUCCAACACUCCAAUCUUUCUAUGCGCUCUCUCGACGACUUCCGCGAGUAUCAGAAGCAAUACAUUCACAUCGCUGGUUGGCUUCUCAACAACAACAAGAUAUCCAAGACGGAAUACAAUCAAUACUUCUGGCUAGGAAUCAAUGAAUCCCUCCGACCUGCGCUCGAAAGCAAGAUCAUGGUCUUUAAUCCUCAUAUCGAUCUCUCCUCACCUUUUUCCAUUGAAGACGUCACCAAGGCAGUUGAAAUCAUCUUUAAACGAGACCGCUUUGACGUUGGAAUCUUUGACAAUCCUUCUGCACGCCCCUUCACGUCUCUUAUUCCUCCAAAGGAUUCGUAUCCAGAGCGCUCAUCAGUCUUUGACGAGAUCAAGAAGUACUUACAGGAGAUGUUUCCUAACAUUGAGACACGCGAUGCCCGUGAACGUCCAUACAAUCCCCCGGAAGAGACCAAGCGCAUUUUUCAGGAUCUAGACAAGGAAGAGAAGCAAGCGCACAAGGACGACAAAGUGGAGAACUUGAUCAAGCAGAUGUCGAAGCUCACCAUCCAUGAUUCUUCGUACGCCAUUUAUUAUCUUCGCGCCAUCAAGUUGGAACCCGCUCUUGCUAACAUGCUCAUUGCUCCGGCCAUUAUGAAUCCAAGUGCACAGCCAGCUCAGCCAGUCCCAAUCGCAAGUCAGUCAGCACCUCCAGCACCACGAGCACCACGUCAGUCCGCAUCCGAGAUCAUCUGCUAUGGUUGCCACCAACAAGGCCAUGGAAUCAACAACUGCCCGACGCUCAUUGAUCUUACAAACCGCAAGCUCAUCUCCAGAGACAGUAGCAAUCGAGUUGUCUUCCCUGAUGGAUCCCGCAUUAUUCGCCAGAAUGGAGAGUCAAUCGCACAAGCAGUCCUUCGUCAACAACAGCCUCCUCCUCCUCCUCCUCAAGUUGCUACCACAAGCAUAGCCAUAUCCGAAGCAUAUUAUGGUCAGAUGUUCAAGAACUACAGAGCCAUGGUUGCAGAAGAAGAAGAGGACGACAUUGGAACCUGGGAUGGAGAAGACGAGUUUGAGUUUACGCUGGCAGGUCCUGGUAAUUGA